GAAUCUUGUGAAGCUGGCCCGUCCCACCGAGCAAUCUCAUCUCACUCCCACCAGCCUGAGGAGAAGGAGGUACUUCCACUGUCCCCCCGCAGAGCCAUCCUUGGGCUUGAGGCUGGAUUUCAGGGGCAUGAGAGAGCUGCCCAUGGAUCUACCUUAUUACCACGGCCCUCUGUCCAAGCGAGACUGUGAGACCUUGCUGCUCAAGGAAGGGGUGGAUGGCAACUUUCUGUUAAGAGACAGCGAAUCUAUUCCAGGAGUUCUUUGCCUCUGUGUCUCGUUUAAAAAUUUCGUCUACACAUACCGAAUCUUCAGAGAGAAACAUGGGUGUUACAAUAUACAGACUGUGGAAGGCGCUCAAAAACAGCUCUUUCCAAACCUAAAGGAAUUGGUCGCCAGAUUUGAAAAACCAGAUCAAGGGCUGGUGGUCCCCCUUUUAAAGCCAAUAAGGAAACCCAGCCCCUACCUGAGAUGGAGAAGACAGAAGAUUCAGUUGGAGGGCUGGACACAAACGCCUGCUUCUGGGGCUCCACGGCGAGGUGGUACCUGUACGGGGAGCAGAAUUAAUGGAGGCUCUGGCUGGAGAUAAAUGAGCUACUCACUAACCCGUUCAUCAUUUUCCCCUUUGGAAAUGGCCUCCCUCAAUUCCUCUGUGCAGUCCAGGACCAGGCACAGAGACUGGGUAGAGGCCCUGCAAGGGGCUGCAAGGGGUCUUGGGGGUCUAUGCCAGCCUCAGUGAAGGCCCAGGCUCCUCUGUUCCAUACGAUUCAUGCAUGUGCGUGUGUGUACAUUCAUAUAUAGAAAAUCUCCCAAAUUAAAUGACAAGCUCCUUGACUUUAGUUCAGC